AUGAUUAAUGCUGAUAGAAGACAUGAUGAUAAUCACACACCUUCAAAUGGACAAAGUUCAUCAGAUGAUAUCUCUAGUGUAGCCACUGAGAAUCUAUUACCUGUUUAUAAAAGUAAUCAACAACCAACGAUUAAAAACAAUAUUGUACGUGUUUCCCGAAUAAAAAUUGACAAUCAUAAUAGUCUACCAAAUUUAAAAAUUAAAUAUCUUUAUAGACCAAGAGAUAAUGUGGAAAAUUUAUUAAACAGUAGAAAAAAAAUUACUGCAAGUGAACAUGUUAGAAUAUCUCGUGUAAAAUAUCCUAGUGUUCCCGACCUGAAUACAAAAAUACCACUUUUAAGAUUAGAUUCAAGUUCAAGACAAAAACAUCCUAAUAAUGUAAAUGGUUCUUCUCCUAAUAAAAACAUAACUCAGAAUGUAAAUGGCAAUUUAAUCAAUAGAGAAACCAGAAAAUUGACAUCAAGACAAAGCAUAGUACGUGCCAAUCGUACCCCAACAGCUGCUCAUAUAAAUCAAGGACUUAAUCAAAAAGUAAUUGCUUCCAAGCCCAUGGUUACACGACUACCACUUCAAAAGAAUCAAAAAGAAAUGUAUGUGCCUGACAAACAUGUAUCUGAAAAAGUCAAAAAAUAUUAA